AACCUUGUAUGAAAUUCACACCAAUCUGAGAUGCCUAUCAUGCAAUAGGUCCGUGUUUCGAACGAAAGCUGUCUUGAGUUGUACGUCGGUUACGUAAAUAUACAGAUAGCGAUCCGGUCUACUAGACAUGAAUGGCUGUGGAUACAAGACGAUAUCGUCCACGCAAUAUCUAAGAACUGCUUAAGAAUUAGAAUUUGAGUUUUGUUUUGAGAGUUUGGAGGUGAAGGGGCUUUGAGGUCGUAGUACAUAGAAAAGUGUUAGCGAGUGACAGCUUGGUGUGAAAUCUGUAAUAUGAAUUGGAUUACAUCGCCGUUGGACUUUUUAUUUAAUUUAUCCGAAUGGUAUGUCAGUGCAAUCAUAGGAACUGGAUUUUUCACUUAUUAUCUACUCCAGGUAGUGAAGCAACCAGGAAGACAUGAUGUCAUACUGUGUGGUAGCAAGCUUUUCGUGAAUAUCUUUCCAAUUCUUGUCUGCUCAGAUGGGAAAUUUAAGGAUUUCUUAUCAUUACAUUUACCAAUUCUACAAGAAAAGUAUUGGCCAACGUUGUGGUGCUUUGAAUCCAGACUACAGACUGCUUUUGCAAACGUGCUCCGAUCACUUUAUCCUAAAGUUGAAUACUGGCGGGAGACCCUGAAGCUGAGUGAUGGUGGACAGCUGGCACUGGAUUGGUUGGAAGAAGGCUGUCCAACCAAUGCACCAAUUAUCAUCAUUCUUCCUGGUUUGACAGGAGACAGUCAAUCACAAUAUAUUAGAUGCCUUGCAUUAUCUGCAAAUCGCAUGAAGCUUCGAAUUGUUGUCUUGAACUACAGAGGUCUUGGUGGGAUGUCUUUAAAGACACCUCGAACAUACAAUGCUGCAAAUUUUGAAGACUUAUCAGAAGCUGUGAGACAUGUGAAAAUAUUAAACCCUGGAAUACCUGUAGCAGCUGUUGGUAUUUCAAUGGGAGGACUUGUACUGGGCAACUACUUGGCAUCACAGCAGACUUUGUCGGAGAAAACGCUUGUGGCUGCUAUGGUGAUAUCGACGCCUUGGAAUGUUUUUAAAGCUAUGGAUAGUCUUGAGAAGCCAGUUCUCAACUUGAUGUUAAACCGAUAUCUUACAUCUGGAUUUUUUAGUUUUAUUAAUAGGGUGAAACAUGACGAUAUGCUACAAGGACCAUGGUGUAUGGAAGAUAUAUUGAAGUGCAAGACAGUCCGUGAGUUUGAUUCAUCAUACACAGCAAAACAGUUUGGAUAUAAAGAUGUCAGUGACUAUUAUGCUAAUGCUAGCAUCCACGACAAAUUGCAUAAGAUAGAAGUUCCUAUGCUCUGUCUCAGUGCAAGAGAUGAUCCUAUCCAGCCGUAUGAAGGAAUCCCAGUGGAAGAAGCAAGUAAGUCAAAGUAUGUUGCGAUUGUGAUAACACAAUACGGAGGCCACAUUGGGUUCCUGGAAGGAUUAUUUCCUGCUCGUCGUGAUGAAUACAUCUGCCGUUUAUUCACACAAUAUUUCAAUGGGAUAUUCACAUCUGGUUCAGAACUAUUAGCUGCAAUUAGCAAAAGUGAUUAAAAAUUGUUAAUCUGUGCGUCUUAAAUAGGUUUUGGUAGGCCAGCUCAUUAAUAAUUAAAGGACUGUUGCAUUGAGAGUUCCAUUCCUGUGGAAGCCACAAACUUUCAUGUUUUUUUUUUUAAUUAUUAUGAACACAAUACAGAAUUGAUUAUACGUGGAGUAUGAUUUGUUGUUGUAAUGUACAGGCCAAUAAAAUUAUCAUCAUAACCAUAAAAAUUA